UUUGUUUGUAAUAAUACUUUGUAUACAAACACCUCAUAAGCCGUCAAAUUAUUAGUGAAUGUAUUGUCAGAUGAUCUCAAAGUAUGACAAUUUGCACGUGUUUUACAUCGAUAUUAUGAUGAAACACGAGUUUAGGACAGAGUAUUAUCACUGAAGUACAUGAUGUCGUCUAUUAUCGAAGAUAUCGACUUUGAUGUCGAUGAGGAAGAAUACGGCAUACCUUUGCCUGAAGACCCGAUACCGACAAUUGAAAGCAUUAUAAAUGAGGACAACGACAGCGAUUCAAUUGGCAGUGAUGUGCCGUCUGAUCUCAAGUCAUACAAAAUUAACAAAACUUUGAAUGAAGUGAUUGAUUCAAUUGACAAUUCUUCGAUUAGUAGCUUUGGAUCGAAAAGUCUUAAGAAAUCCAUAACAACACUCAACUCUUUGGACUCUAAAACUAAAAAAGAUGUCUGUAUUGGAUCUGUUAUGAGAUGUUCAGAGUUACAGCAAAUAUCGGCUCAAAUCAAGUCAGCAAACAGUGAACGGAUAAACAGUGGCAGACCUACUGUUGUCACCAUUUCUAGUAUUUAUAUCGCUGUCGGCACUUCUCACGGAUUUAUCCUUUUAUUUGAUUUGCGUCAAAUCAUGAAACUAUGUCUUCGCACUAGUGAUAACUUUGGAUCAGUUUCUGCAAUGUCUAUAAAGAAAGAUAACUCUCGACUUGUAUGUGGUUAUAGUCGCGGAAGUGUUACUCUUUGGAACCUACAGUCUGGAGAAUUGAUUAAAGUCUUCAAUGAAUUACAUACACCACAGACAUCAGUGCUUUAUAUUAAAUAUAUGUCUGAUAAUAAUUUUGGUGCACUCAGUGACAGCAGUGGAUCUGUUUUUAUGCUUGAGUUUAGAAGAAAAGAUAUAAUCUCUGAGUGCAUAUUCUCCGGAAGUCGAGGAGAAGUUUUAGUCAUUGAACCACUUUUAUUGCCAUUGAAUAUAAAUAUUGAUGAUUUGCAACAUUUUAAUAACAUUUGUUUGCUAUCGAUGGCAACGGUGACCAAAGUUAUUGCUAUUACUUUAAGACCAACCAUUUGUGUGCACUUUACACAAGUUCUUAAGGGCAAAACAGAUACUUUACCUUUAAUUAGUUGGCAAUUUGUUACGGUUCAGGUGGCAGAAGAUAACAGAGUCAUAGAUCCUGUAUUGCUAUUUGCGAGAGACACCAGUGUUUAUUUUUAUCAGGCCAGUUAUAAAAGUAGUAGCAAAAUAUUAUUUACACCACUGAUGAAUAUAAACCUUGAUUAUACAUUACAUGCUGUUAUUUGGCUAAAUCCACGAACCAUUGCAGCAAUUAAUGAAUCAAAUGAGAUGUAUGUUAUGGAUGUAAAGUCUCAAGAGAUACUCGACAUUAUAGACAUUAAUAAUAUUAAGAUGGUUUACGGAAGCGCUCACUUUAAGUCAUUAGAAAACGGCCAAAACGUGAGCCCACAAAUGUUUGCGGCCGCGCGUAGGGCUUGUCAGCACUCAAUUGUUUUGUUCAAUGUUGGCAUUUCUGGCACCAGUUCAGCCAAUUUAUUAAUUUUAGGAUUGGAGUCAAUCCACAUGUUUUCUAUAAGAAAUUGGUCCGAUAGAGUGGAUGUGUUAGUUGAAGAAAACAAAUUUAUUAAAUCAUUAGACCUAUGCUUAGAGUUUUACGAAAAUAGAGCUAAAGCUAUGAUAGGCUUAACGGUUAAGAAACCUAAAAAUCGAGAAAUUGUUAGCAAAAAGAUGAUUGAAAUUAUUAACAAAUUUGUCGAUCAUAUGCUGAAUCCCAUUAAUAGUGAUAACACUAACAGUGAUAUUCUAGUCGAUAAUUAUAGAUAUGUAAUAUUAAUAGCUAUCAAAUAUUGUGUAUCCAUUGAGGAUAAUCAAGCGUUAAAUGAUUUAUUUGAAAGAUUUGCAAACGACUCGAUUACAAAAAAUAUAUUUUUGGAUUCAUUGAAAACACAAAUCUUAAAUAAAAAGUUUAAAAAUCUGAGUCCUUUUGUUGCUAAAGAAUUGAUUGUUUAUUUGGAAGAAAAUGAAUCAUUUGAUGCCUUGGAGUCCAUUGUAGCUCAUCUUGAGAUCAGCUCAUUAGACAUCCAUCAUAUAAUGACCGUUUGUCGCACACAUUAUCUUUAUAAUGCCAUUAUUUAUAUCUAUAACAAUGCUUUUGAUGACUUUAUGACUCCUUUUGAUGAAAUGAUUAGAGAACUAGAGAUCAGGGUCUGUACCGGACAGCUAUUAGAUCCAGAAAUGAACAAAUUGGGUGAUAAACUACUUAAUUAUUUGAGUUGCAUAUUGCGGGGCAAAUGUUUUGUUGCCAAUCAUAUUAUAAACGAUGAAAAGAAAUUAUUGUUAAUCAAAGAAAUGCUUUUGCAAUUAACAAAACCUAUUGAUACCAAAAGUCGUUAUAAUAAUCCAUUUGAUGACAAAAGCUUUCCUAAUCUAAGAGUUGUUUUACAUUUCAAUUCCGAUAAAUUUUUUAAAGUUUUAUUUAAAGCAUUUGAAAGUUUUGAUACAGAAUAUAAUGAAUACUCAUUUGACGCUCAACAGCAAAAAAUAGUUGAUAUAUUAAUGCAAAUAAUGAUCGACAACACGGGCUUUAAUGAACAGGAAAUCUGUUGUCUUUAUAAGUUUAUUGCAAAACUAUUAUCUAAUAAACGAAACAAUGUUUCCAUCAAAAGAACACAUCUCGAAGAGAUAAUUGACUAUUUAUUUGUUGGAGAAAUGAUAUCAUUUGAUGAAAGACAACAACUACUGUUGGAAUUGAUUCAGUCGGACAUUGGUUUCGUUUACGAUGAAAAUCGUAUCUUAGAAAUGGCACAAAACGGCAAUUUUUUUAGAAUUUGUGAAUUUAUUUACAUAAAGAAUAGAAAUUGGGGGCAAAACUUAUUUACAUAUAUUAGAGAUGUUAAUCGACAGAGUCAUAUAAUUGAUUACAUAAAUCAAAUAAUAUUGUCGACUAAUGUAACAAAUGAAGAGAAAGAGGCUUUUAUUGAUAGUAUUUACUCUAAUAUUGAGAGUAUUAUUGAAAUUAAUUAUCAAAAAACAGCUAAACUUUUGAUUGAUAUCUUAGACAUAGAAAAAUGUCAUAAAAUAUUUACUUCAUUGGAAUCAAAACCUAUUGUUUUAUACAAACUAUUAAACGGUUUAUUAUUAAAUCCAACGAAUAAAAGUCAUAAAAGAGAUCUUUCGACCGGAAGUUUAGAUUUAGAGUUGCUUUCAUUGAAAGAGCAAAGAAAACAAAUGUUAUUAACAGACAACAGAAUUCAGGAAAAACUAUUAGAAUUGAUGUCAACUUUUGAACCAAAUUCUGUAUUCAAUGCUUUGAAUGUUCUCCAAGACUAUGAUGUGGACAAUAUGUUAGUGUUUACUAAAAAGUAUGUCAUAAACGAAGCGACAGCUUAUUUGCUCGAAAAAAGUCUGCAAUUUGAAGAAGCGUUUAGUAUAUUAUACAAUGAAAUCAAUGAUAUUAUCAACUGUUUUGACAAUUCAAAUGUUAGCAAAUUUUGGGACCAAAUUGAAAAUAAAAUGAUAUUUUUGGUUGACUUUUGUAACCGUUGUUCAGUUAAAAUGGUUGACACGAAGCAAAAAGAAAAUCUUUGGCUUAAGUUAUUGGAGUCUAUGUUAACAAUAAAUCAAUUGAUUAAGAACUCAUCCAAAGAAUAUUUGGAUAAAUUAAAUCAAUUAAUGAAUCGCUUUAUUAAUAAUAUGACUCAAUCUAUAAACAUGACGACUGUUGUCGAGACUAUUAUAAACAACUUAUCAGACGCUGAAAGAAGUGGCGGACAAUUGCUUACUAUUAGGGAAUUAUUAAUAAAAGUUUGUGAAAAUUAUAAAUACGAAGAAACACUUUUGCAAACGACUAUUAAUUUGAUUUUAAGAGAAUUACACAAUCAGUUGAGUCAACUGAAGAAAGAGACCAAUAGAGCUAAUACUUGUCGUCAAAAGAUUUGCUAUAUUUGUUCAAAACAUCUCAUAGAAGAAGAUAUUAUUUUAUUUCAUUGCAAACAUUGUUUCCAUGAGAAAUGUCUUUCUAUUAACAAUAAAGACACCAUUUGUUACAUAUGUAGUAAUGAUAACAAAUUUCAAUCGUCUAAUCAUUUGUUUUCAAAAGACGACAAUUGCCAACAAAAUCAACAAAAUAUAAACCGAAAACAACAAAAUCUAAACCGAAAACAACAAAAUCUAAACAUAAGUCAAUUGAAUGCUUUGCGAUACAUUAAAAGUGAUCAACUAAUUGAUUCACGAGCAAACAUUUUGAAUCAAUUACCGAACACAAGAAUAAUUUUGAAUUCAAGCGAUAAAAUCAGUGAUAUGUUUAAACUAAAUCUUGCGCCUCAAUGGAGAAAAUUAAAUAAUUGUUAAGUAAAUUUUAAUUU